AUGACGGUGCUGGCGAAGGAAGAGGUGUCUUCAAGAAUAGCAAUGGAAAAGACAUUGAAAUACAGCCAGACUGUAGAGAAAGCAGGAAAUUUACUCUUUCGCUUUCCUUUGAAGAAAGUGAGAGGAAUCCCAUUGAGGGAGCCCAUCGCCCAAAACAUUGAGUCGGUUUGGGCUUUCUGCCCUGACCCUACUGACAUCCUCAUUGCUACAUAUCCCAAAGCAGGAACUACCUGGGCUCAGGAAAUAGUAGACCUGUUACUUCACAAUGGAGACAAAGAAGCAUGCAAGAGAGGUCCUAUAGUUCUGAGGAGCCCAUUCCUUGAGAUAUUCUACCCCCCUCCAAUGCUUUCUGGACUAGACCUCCUUUACCAAAUGAGUCCACCAAGAAUAAUCAAGACACAUUUGGCUAUCCAGCUUAUACCUGAGGGAUUCUGGGAAAAGAAAUGCAAGGUGAUCUAUGUGGCCCGCAAUGCCAAGGACAACUUGGUAAGCUAUUACCACUUUGACAGGAUGACUUUGACGCAGCCUGAACCAGGAUCCUGGGAAAACUACAUCCAAAAGUUCAUGAACGGGGACUUGGGCUGGGGCUCCUGGUAUGACCAUGUUAAGGGGUACUGGAAAGAGAGAGAGAAAAGGAAUAUACUAUAUUUAUUUUAUGAAGAUCUGAAAGAGAAUCCUCAACGGGAAGUGGAACGCAUCAUGCAGUACCUGGAUCUGUCAGUCUCUGAUGAAGUUAUAGCGCGCAUUGUGGAGCUCACGUCUUUUGAGGUCAUGAAGGAGAACCCCAUGACCAACUACAGCUUUAAUCCCAAGAAUAUGUUUGAUCAAUCCAUCUCUGCAUUCAUGAGAAAAGGGGAGGUUGGUGAUUGGGUCAAUCAUUUUUCUGCUUCUCAGUUGAAGAUUUUUGAUGAAAAUUAUGAGCAGCAAAUGGAAAUGGCAAACAUUCCUUUUCGGUCAAACUUGUAAAACCUAGUCUAGAGUGACUAGUGUCAUGCAAAAAAAGAGAUCAAAUGACUUGGUAGUAGGGAAUGUUAUGUAAUACAUUGUUUUAAAGUUACUGUUUAAUUUUUAAAGUAAUGUACUGUAUUUUGAUGGUAUAGAUGAAGCUCA